UUUUAAAUUCUCUUCGGCCAUUUACCUUUCCCUGUUCAAAUCCAAUAAUUGAACGAAUUGAAGUUGAAGAAGGGGAAGAUGUUAAAAAAUAUUUAAAAAGAUCAAAAGAAGGAAAUGAAUAUUUGGUUAAUGUUAUUUUAUAUACAGCCAAUUUAAAAGAGAAAAAGCUUUGUUUGAAACAAGAAAUGAAGAAAAUUUUCUUUCCUGACACUAAAGAAGCAAUUACUGCUGCAAUGCAUCAAUUAGAUAUUGAAUUAUUAGAUAUUCUCGAAAAUGCUGUAAAUAAUGGAAGAAUAAAUUUAAAUAAAAAUAAAUAUAAAAAUAAUAAUUCUGCACGUUCUCGACCUAUUUAUUCUGCUAAAACUCAUGACAAGGAAGAAAUUGAUGAAUUUUCUUCAGGGGUAACUGGAUUUGCAUCUCUUCUUUUUCCUAUAGACUGGAGCAAUAGCAAUACUAUUAAUGUCUUAAUCGGAAUUGCUGUUGUUGUUACUCUUAUUGCAUUGGUUGGAUUAAUAGCUCUAUGCGUAUUUCGAUAUAAACAUCGAAGAAUGAGAAGGCACCGAGCAGAGCAAAUACGUCGUCGUCAUCAACAGCAUCAACAACAAGCUUAUCGUAUAGGAGGUGUUGGUGGAGGUUUUCACUCAGCAGCUGGAUUACUUGCUGCCGUUAAUGGAGCUAAAGCAUCUUCUAAUUAUUCAACACAUUUCGAUAAUGGAGGUGCUUUAAAUAGCAGUGGUGGAAUAUUUAAUACAACGGGCCAUUCUUGUUUAUUUGGAAGCAAUAAUAAUUUCUAUAUACCCUCUAAUUCAUCGGGGACAUUAUUGCGAGCUAGUCAUUUUGAACGAGGAAGCAAAUUAUAUGAAUCACAGGCAAGCUUAUUAAUUUUUUGGCAAAACAUUACUUGA